AUGGAGCCUCAUUCGCGUCUCUGCUUCUCCCAGAAUGGCACGUUUCGUCUUCCACAGGCCCUCGUCCAUCUGCUGAGGACGGCCCUUGCUGGCGAGCCAGACCACGCACCGACACAGCAUUACACCGACCUUUCUCUCUGGCAGAAUAUAAGACGCCCCCUCUAUCGUCUGAUCUCACUCCUUAAUCCCUUCGUUGGCCGAGGAGACAGCAGCACUUCCAUCUUGGUGGGCAUGGUUAAGCUGACGGCACUCUGCGGUAUCGGUUCUGCGCUCUGGAUAUGGCGCCAAAACAACAAGAAAGGAAAGGCCGCCUCUUCCUCGGGCGGCUCUAUCCAUGCAUCAGAUGCUGUUGGCGCUGAUGCUGCUUCCACUGACCCUGGAUUGCUUAAGAAACAUUCUACUAUCCGAUCGUACACGGUCCCGUCUACCGGCUUCACCUACCCCGGGAUCCGUACCUUUUAUCGGCCACAUCCUCAAGAGAGUAAACUUCCGCAGAAGCCCUAUCCCGUCCCGCUUCUGGUCUUCAUCCAUGGCUUGGGUGGUUCCGCAGCGCAGUUCCACCCCAUCCUGAUCAGUCUGUCCAACCUCGCCUCGUGCCUGGCCAUUGAUCUCCCUGGAUGCGGCCUUUCUACAUUCGAACCGAAAGCUUGGGACGCCUACACUACCGAAGCCCUGGUACGGCUCCUGGCUGUCAUCAUAGAAGCGCACAGAGACCGCAGUGACGGCCAAACCGUCGUCUUGAUCGGCCAUAGCAUGGGUUGCUCCCUCGCCGCCAUGCUUGCCUCUCCCGCUUCGCCCUACGCGCACCUCAUCUCGGAGCAUGUCGGCGGACUUGUCGCCAUCUGCCCGAAAGCGGAUCCGCCGACUCCGAAGCAAUGUCGCUCGUUAAGAAUAAUGAGUGCGGUACCGGCUUCCUUCUUCGACCUGUAUAGGAAAUGGGAUCGCAGGGGAGGGCUCAACAGCGCGAGCGUGCUCCGCAUGACCGGCCCAGAUGCUGAUGAGGAAACUAAGAGGCUGCAGCUUCGGUUUAACAAGCAGAGCCGGACCGAGGUAUGGGGACGAAUGGCGCGAGGCAUGUGCCCCGAUUACUCGAAAGGCGCCCCACGAGGCGGUCUCCCCGGGAAAGAGGUCUGGGCUGGCGUGGACCUCCCCGUCUUCCUUGCUGUUGGCGAAGCCGAUCAUAUCACACCCAGUGAGAAUGUUCGGCGGAUUGUCAGCUUCCUGGGCAGGGACGUUUCUGCUAUCGAGCCCCCGAGUGAGAAGGCUAGCUUGCCCAUUGCGGCUGCUCCCUUUGAUCCAGCUAUCAUCGAUCCUGAGAUGAUGGAACGCAAGCAUCAAGACUCCGGUGUCGACGCAAGCGAUCUCGCAGCUCUUGCAGACGAGGCUACAGUGCCCGAUUCAUCGGCUGCAACCACUGCUGAUGGAAGCUCAGUUUAUUCGGAGGGUAUAUCUUCGGCCGGCGAAAGUAUGACGAUCACAGACGCACCGCGCGCUUCUGACGAGGCAGCACGUAGCCCGAGGGCCCCUACGCCCUAUCCCCGCCGCUUGGUCGUCAAGACCGCGAUCAUGCCGAAGCCCGCCGCCCAUUCGCUCCUCUUCUCCCCAUCCAGCUCUCGAAUCAUCUCCGGCCUCAUUGGCAACUUCCUCGCUGACCACAUCGAUCGCCGCCUCUCACUAGCCUGGCAGCUACAAUACCUUUCUACGGAAGGGAAAUGGGACGUCAAGAAUUUGGAAAAAUGGAAGGCUGUUCAGCCCGUCUCGCUUCCCAUUGCCGACGUCUUCCGCGCUAUGAAGACGCUCCGCGAAGUCGAUGAGAAGCACUCGCCUAAGAUAUUCGUCCAAGAGUGGGCAGGGAAGCUGCGCGCUGUCGUCGACAUCAGCCACGACUCGCCGGUUUACGAUCCGAAGGGACUUGAGGAAGGUGGCAUUGCGUACUACAAGUUUCCGACCGUCUCGAAGCAACCGCCAACCAAAGACGAGGUGAAGUCCUUCAUCGAGCUCAUCGACAAGAUCCGGGGUGAACAACCGGAUGGGGCGAAAGGAAUGAUUGGCGUUCAUUGCCACUACGGCUUCAAUCGCACCGGCUUCUUCGUUGUUUCGUAUCUCAUCGAGAGGCUUGGAUACAAGGUCCAGGAUGCGAUCGACACCUUCCAGCAAGCGCGGCCACCCGGGAUUCGACACGAUCACUUUAUCGACGAGCUGCAUGUGCGAUAUUGCAGCGGGCUGAAGAAAGCACCUACGCUGUAA